AGUCCCCUUCUUCUAGAUCUCGAUAUUGAUUUCUGUGACACUCUGUUCUCGCGGCGCAUUUCAGAUUUUCUUUCAAGACUCUUGUUCCAGAGCAUCGUUUUAGUAGAAAACAACCGCAUUCCCGAAGGGAAUUCAUCUAGGAUGUUCUAAAGUUUUCAGUUUGAACUUACUGAAGUAGCGGGAGGCGCAAGACGAGGAGGAAGUCGAUAACCUUAGCUGAUUCAUUAUAAUGCUACUUCUUUCUAAAGUGGGUAGUGGCGAAAUUGGUGGUUUGAUGACGCUUUGGUUCAUAAUCACACUGAAGCUACCCUGGUGCUUGUUAGCAUCUUCUUGGUAGCUGUGCGGAUCUCUGAGCGAGAUCAGACAAGUGAGGGGGAAGACUUACGUUUCUGGAGGAACGUCGACAAUAACUAAAAUCUCUCUUGCGUGUGAAAUGUGAUCUGGGCCUGUGUAACCGCGAGAGUAAAUACAGUGAGGGAGCUGGCGUCUUUAAAAUACUUACCUUAAUGUUUUUAUUUUUUUUGGUCUUUGACUUAUGGGUGGGUUUGUUUUCCCCCGGCGGUAUUAAAUGAGGGCGGUAGAGUGUGAAGACUGAAGAGUUUGGUUGGUAUCUUGCUCAUGCGGUUUCGUUUUUGACUGGGUCAACCGACGGUUGGCAAAAGAAGCUCUUCUUUGGGAGAAGGCGUAAUCAACCCGAAACCUGCUGGGGAUUAACAAUCUAGAGAAGUGCUGAGUUCGUUCUGUUGAGAUUUGAGCUUUGCGGCUUGGACAGGGAUGGGCUGCGGGUGCUCGAAAUUCUGUUUUUGUCCGUGCCAUUCUGAAGGAGCCGUUCUUGAAAUUUCCGAUGUCGAGAAUGGGGAUAAGAGUGAGGCGGAUCACUUGCCAGCUUUCACUGAGUAUUCUCUUCAUCAGCUAAGGUUUGCCACCUCGGGCUUUGCUGUGGAGAACAUUGUUUCCGAGCAUGGAGAGAAGGCUCCAAACGUCGUGUAUAAAGGAAAGCUCGACAAUCAAAGAAUUGCUGUCAAACGCUUCAACAGAUCGGCGUGGCCGGAUGGAAGGCAGUUCAUGGAAGAAGCAAGGGCUGUUGGUCAGCUCCGUAAUGUUAGGCUCGCAAACCUUAUUGGUUGUUGUGCUGAAGGUGAUGAGCGUUUGCUUGUUGCUGAAUAUAUGCCGAAUGAUACUCUAGCAAAGCACCUUUUCCAUUGGGAGACCCAGCCUAUGAAAUGGGCAAUGCGGUUAAGGGUUGCAUUGUAUCUGGCACAGGCUUUAGAGUAUUGUAGCAGCAAAGGGCGAGCACUGUAUCAUGACCUGAAUGCAUACAGGGUCUUGUUUGAUGAGGACGCAAGUCCGAGGUUAUCAUGCUUUGGGCUGAUGAAAAAUAGUAGAGAUGGAAAAAGUUACAGUACUAACUUGGCUUUUACACCUCCAGAAUAUUUGAGAACAGGCAGAGUGACUCCUGAAAGUGUAAUAUAUAGUUUCGGCACACUUUUGCUUGACCUCCUCAGUGGGAAGCAUAUCCCUCCUAGUCACGCCCUUGAUUUGAUCCGAGGCAGGAACUUUUUAAUGCUGACAGAUUCCUGCUUGGAAGGUCAAUUUUCUAAUGAUGAUGGAACCGAGUUGGUGCGACUAGCAUCUCGUUGUCUACAAUAUGAACCCCGUGAACGGCCCAAUGCAAGGUCUUUGGUUGUUGCUCUAUCUUCUCUUCAACGAGAAACUGAGGUACCUUCUUACGUGUUGAUGGACAUACCACAUGAGACAGAAGUGACUUUGGAACAGAUACCUCUGUCUCCUCUAGGCGAAGCUUGUUCAAGAAUGGAUUUAACUGCAAUACAUGAGAUUCUUGAGAAGGUUGGAUAUAAGGAUGAUGAAGGAACAUCAAAUGAGCUAUCCUUUCAGAUGUGGACAAACCAAAUGCAGGAGACUCUGAACUCGAAAAAGCAAGGGGAUGCUGCUUUUCGGCACAAAGAUUUUGCAACUGCAAUCGAUUGCUAUUCACAGUUUAUUGAAGUUGGAACAAUGGUAUCACCGACAGUCUUUGCACGCCGGUGCUUGUCCUAUCUCAUGAGCGAUAUGCCUCAGGAAGCUCUUGAGGACUCAAGGCAAGCUUUGGGUAUUUGCCCUGCGUGGCCUACUGCGUUUUACUUGCAAGCAGCAGCUUACUUGAGCCUUGAAAUGGAGAAUGAUGCACGUGAAGCACUCAAAGAUGGUGCUUCUUUAGAAGCCAAAAAGCGCAAGACUUCCAGCUGAUAUUAGUACCAGCGCCGAAGGUAAAGUGGUAAAGUUUUGGCCUCUUACCACAGUCUUCCAUGCAAAUGCAUCUUCAGUGCAUUGUUAACGUGUUGAAGCUGGGAUUCAAAUCGAUAAGUUCAGUUAUUAAUGGGAAAUUUUCUUUCUACUUAGGGCCUAUUUUCAUCCUUUUGGGGUUCGCAACUAGAGCAUCUUUCAUGUCUCAUGCUCGUGAUUAUAGAUUACGCCUAACAGGAGGUUUUGUGAGAUCCCCUAUGGUGUUGGUUUUCCUUUUGCUUAACCAACACGUGCAGUAUUUGCUGGAAAACUCUUCAUUACUUGCCAGAUUUUUCUCGGAUGUUUGUCAAGGAGAAAUUGUAAGUUUGUGUACAGAAACUCGAUUUUUCUUCUUGUGUGGAUAGCAAGAUUGUGUUCUCUCUAUUCUGUUUUCUUGAAAACGAAAGGGCUACAUAUAUAUAUUUAUUCUGAAGCAGAUAGAGAGGGCUCGUGUAUCCAUGUUGGCGGUGGAAGUGUUUUACUGACCUUGGAAAUAAAAGGAUGUUGCUGUA